AUGUCUAAUUUGUAUGCAAAUGAGCAAUAAUCAUUAAGAGAACAGAUAUUCAAAAUUAAGGAUAAAUUGUUAUCUUUAUCUCAAAACUUAAACAACUACCAUGCAGACAACUCGGAAUCCAAUAGUACAGCACAUUUUAAAACUCAGGAAGAUGAGCAAUCUCCACAAUAGACGUAUCAUUAAAAUGAAGAAAAGUCAUUUUCACAAUUGAAUUUUAUUGAUAAAACUAAAUUAGUACCAUAAAAUCAAUGUCAUCAAUUCAAAAAACUAAAACCUCUUUUUAAUGUUCCAGAUAAGUCCUUAGGAAUCGACAAGAGUCCAUUCAAAAGAGUUAAUUCAACUGGAAGGCCCCCACAAAUCCUAAGAUAGAGUUCGAAAAGAGAAGCAAGCAUUUCCUAUAUAUCACCAUAGUAAAUGAACUUUUCUUAACGAAUAUCGCUCUCCCCUACAAAAAGACUCUGA